GUUUCGACACUGUGAAAGAUGAAGCUCUUGUGUUUUUUGGUGAUUGUAGCCGAACUGAAAAUUCAUACUAGCAACACUGUAUUCAGAACUCGGUGGCCCACUUAUGUCCAGAAAAUACACUACAAUAAUCCAGUGAAGCCACCCGAUUACUGCAAUUCCGCCAUUUGUCCGCCAAACAAGAAGCACAUUACCUGCGGCAUAAAAUUCUGGUCACCGAGAUGCGGUAAAGACCACGAGGGCGUUAGGAUGACCGAUUAUCGAGCUGAUAUCGUGCGGAAUGUGAACAACUUCCGGAGGCAAGUGGAGAGGGGCCUGGGCAUUCUCCCCAAAGCGGGCAAAUUGAAGAACAUCAAAUGGGACGACGAGCUGGCCGUGAUGGCGAUGCGGGUGUCCAAUCAGUGCCACGAGCACUCCACCUCACCCUGUGUAAAUACGUUCCUCUACAAGGAUGUGGGCGAGUCCUCCGAUUUCGUUAAGAUCAACCAAGUUUCCAAGGGCUUCAACGUUAUCAGCUUCCUUAAUUUGUGGUUUAGCUACCACAAGAUGAUGAAGCGCAGCUAUGUGAGAAGCUUUCCCGACAUUUCCCCGCAGGACCACCUAAUGGUCUUCGCCAAUCUGAUCUACGAGAAGAACAAGAAGAUCGGCUGCGGAAUGCUCAAGUCCGGCAAGGGGCGCUACCUCACCUGCCUCUUCGAUAAGAAAAUCAAGCCGCACGAGCCGCUCUACUACACUCGUUUGGCUCGCACCAAUACAUCUGACUACUACUACGAAGACCAAGCGCUAGAAUCGAAUGGUAGUAGCACAGAAGCAACUGUAUCCACUGUAGCAACUGCAGAGACCAUUGAUAUUUGAAUUGAAUGUAACUUGGCUUAAUCCGAUGAAUUCAAUUCAUUUGGCUAGCACAUUAAAAGCCAGAAAAAUCUAGAAAA